AUUUCUGUGGCUGAUCUUUUUCCCGGUCAUUUGCUUCGUCGUAUGGCUAGAAAACCCUAGAGUUCAACUUCCGAAAUUAGGUGGAGUUUAAUCCAUCUUUUUUCUACUUCGAUAGGUGGGGAGUAGCUAGUGUGACCUUUCGCCAUGUACAUCAAGCUGGUUAUAAUCGAAGGUUUCAAGAGUUACAAUGAGCAAACUGCUACUGAGGAUUUCAGCCGCAAAGUUAACUGUGUUGUUGGGGCAAAUGGGUCUGGGAAAAGUAACUUUUUCCAUGCAAUUCGUUUUGUAUUGAGUGACAUCUUCCAAAAUCUGCGUAAUGAAGAUAGGAAUGCGUUACUCCAUGAAGGUGUUGGUCAUCAAGUUGGAUCUGCGUUCGUGGAGAUUGUCUUUGAUAAUUCUGACAACCGCAUCCCUGUUGAUAAAGAUGAAAUUCGCUUGCGCCGAGCUAUUGGUCUGAAGAAGGAUGAAUAUUUCUUGGACGGGAAACACAUUACAAAAAAUGAAGUUAUGGAUUUACUGGAGAGUGCUGGAUUUUCUCGUUCUAAUCGUUACUAUGUUGUUCAACAAGGAAAGAUAGCCUCGUUGACAAUGAUGAAAGAUUCAGAACGGCUAGAUCUGCUAAAAGAGAUUGGUGGUACCCGUGUUUAUGAGGAGAAACGCUGUGAGAGUUUGAAAGUUAUGCAGGAUACAGGCAAGUUAUCAGUGUGCACUGCAGUAAUACUGGAACCUCCUUCAUUAUUUCUCGUGCAUGCAUGGGUAUCUCGAAAAUCUAAUACAUAUAGUCGCAUGACUUGUCUCACAGGGAUUAAACGAAAUCAUAUCAUCGAAGCUGUCCAAUACUUGGAUGAAAAACUAAGGGAACUGGACGAAGAGAAAGAAGAACUCAGAAAAUACCAACAACUUGAUAAGCAGAGAAAAUCACUCGAAUACACCAUUUAUGAAAAAGAGCUUCACGAUACUAGGGAGAAACUGGAACAGACUGAAGCUGAAAGAACUAAAGCAUCCGAAGAGUCUACAAAAAUGUAUGACAGAGUUGAGAAGGCCCAGGACGAGUGCAGGAGCUUAGAUGAGUCGCUGGCAGGACUGACAAAGGAGCUUCAGACAAUGAACAAAAAGAAAGAAACUGUUGAAGCACUAAAAACUGAAGCUAUAAAGAAGAAGACAAAACUUGAGCUUGAUGAGAAUGAUUUAAAGGAACGGAUUGCUGGAAAUAUCCAGUCAAAGAAUGAUGCACUUGAGCAAAUUAGUAUGGUGGAAAGAGAAAUGCAGGAUUCUUUGAAGGAACUAGAGGUGAUUACUCCUUUAUAUGAAAGUCAAGUUGACAAGGAGAAGCAAACGACCAAAAGAAUCAUGGAGCUGGAGAAGAAGCUUAAUAUUCUUUAUCAGAAACAGGGUCGUGCAACUCAGUUCUCAGAUAAGGCUACUAGAGACAAAUGGCUCCGGAAAGAAAUUAAAGAUCUCAUGCGUGUUCUAGACUCAACUAUGUAUCAAGAGCAAAAACUUCAGGAUGAAAUUUUUCGCCUCAAUACUGAUUUGAAGGAGCGUGAUGCACACAUCAAGAACCAUGAAGUUGAAAUUAGUGAACUGGAUACUCACAUUUCCAAGUCCCAUGAACAAUUCAGUACUAAAAAGAGGGAGAGGGAUGAAGAACAUAGAAAAAGAAGGGAAAAAUGGGGAGAAGAAAGUCAACUAUCUUCUGAAAUUGACAAGUUGAAAAUGGAACUUGAAAGGGCAAAGAAAAAUCUUGAUCAUGCAACUCCAGGAGAUGUAAGGCGAGGACUGAUCUCUAUCAAACGGAUUUGCUCUGAGCAUAAGAUCAAUGGAGUUUUUGGUCCACUUGUUGAGCUGGUUGAUUGCGAUGAGAAGUUUUUCACCGCAGUUGAAGUCACUGCUGGUAACAGCCUAUUUCACGUAGUAGUUGAGAAUGACGACAUUUCAACCAAGAUAAUUAAACACCUGAAUUCUCGAAAGGGUGGACGUGUGACCUUCAUGCCGCUGAAUCGGCUAAAUGCACCUCAUGUAAACUAUCCACAAUAUUCUGAUGCAAUACCACUGCUGAGGAGAUUGAAGUUCGACUCCAAAUUUGCACCAGCAUUUGGCCAGGUUUUUGGUAGAACAGUUGUAUGUCAAGAUCUGAAUGUAGCAACAAGAGUUGCUAAGAGUGAUGGCUUGGAUUGCAUAACUUUAGAAGGUGACCAGGUGAGCGGGAAGGGUGGCAUGACCGGUGGAUUUUAUGACCACAGGCGGUCGAAAUUGAGAUUAAUGAAUACCAUUAUACAAAAUAUGAAGUCUAUAGAUACGAAGGAGAAGGUGUUGGAGGAUGUUAGAAGACAGCUGCAAGUGAUAGAUCAGCAGAUCACACAGAUUGUUACUGAGCAGCAGAGACUUGAAUCAGACUGGAAGCAUAGCAGAUUACAGGUGGAGCAACUGAAGCAAGAGAUAGCUAACGAGACUAAGCAGAAACAUGCUAUACAUAUAGCCCUUGAACAUAAGGAGAAAUCACUAGGUGAUGUUAGAAUACAAAUGGAGCAGUUAAGAUCUAGCAUGGCCAUGAAGGAAGCUGAAAUGGCCACGGAACUUGUGGAUCACCUUACCCCAGAAGAAACGGAAGAAUUAUCACGAUUAAACCCAGAAAUUGAGGAUCUUAAGGACAAACUUAUUGCAUUCAAGACAGAUCGGAUUGAGACAGAGACAAGAAAAGCAGAGUUGGAGACUAAUUUGUCUACCAACUUAAAGAGGAGAAUAGAUGAGUUACAUGCUACUAUAGCUUCCAUCGACGAUUAUAGUUUGCCUAGUUCAGCUGGCUUAGAAACACAAGAACUUGAUGAUGCAAAACUAUUGGUUAAAGAGUUCACAAACGAGCUCCAAGGUCUCUGUCGAAGCAUUGAUGAGAAGACUAAGCAGGUCAAGAAAAUUAAAGAUAAGAAGGAGAAGUUAAAGACAUUGCAAGAUGACUGUGAGAUGAAAGUGCAAGAUGCAAAUAAAAAGUUGGAGGAACUAUUCAGCCUUCGUAACACACUCCUUUCUAAGCAAGAAGAGUAUAGGAAGAAGAUUAUGGGAUUGGGUCCAUUUUCAUCCGAAUCUUUUGACAUGUAUAAACAAAAAAAUAUAAAGGAGCUGCAGAAGAUGCUACACGGGUGCAGUGAACAGCUGCAACAGUUCAGCCAUGUUAACAAGAAAGCGCUUGAUCAAUAUGUAAAUUUCACAGAACAGCGAGAAGAACUUCAGAAACGGAAAGCUGAGCUUGAUGAAGCAGAUGAGAAAAUAAAAGAACUGAUUACAGUUCUGGAUCAGCAGAAAGACGAAUCUAUAGAACGUACUUACAAAAUGGUUUCAUUUCACUUCCGGGAAAUAUUCUCUCAGCUUGUGCAAGGUGGACAUGGUCACCUUGUCAUGCUGAAGAAGACGAAAAAAAAGGACCGUGAUCAUGAUGACGAAGAUGGGUGUGGUGAAGCUGCUACAGAGAGAAGGGUUGAGAAAUACGAUGGUAUAACAGUGAAGGUGUCGUUUACUGGUCAAGGGGAGACACGGUCAAUGAAACAGUUGUCGGGAGGACAAAAGACCGUUGUUGCUCUUGCAUUAAUAUUUGCCAUCCAGAAAUGCGAUCCUGCACCGUUCUAUCUCUUUGAUGAGAUUGAUGCGGCACUUGAUACUCAGUAUCGAACUGCUGUCGGCAACAUGAUUCGUGGUUUAGCUGAUGACAGCGUAAGCACGCAGUUCAUAACCACAACUUUUCGUCCGGAGCUAGUGAAAGUUGCUGAUAAGAUGUAUGGAGUGUUUCAUAAGAAUAAUGCGAGUAUUGUAAAAGUUAUUUCAAAGGAACAGGCGUUGAACUUCAUCCAGAAUGAUCAGUCCCAUGAUACUUGAUCACUCAGGGAAUUGGUGUAUUUGCAUGUCUUCGGAGAUCUAGAGUGAUUUAAAGUGCAUUUAACACCACCCGGUUUGCUUGCACGAUAUAUAUAGAGAAAUUUCCUAUGAUGACAUUUUUAAGUUUUUGUUCAAAAAAUCAAAAGGUAAAAGUACAUUUUUAUUCUAUAAUUAACUAAUCUGGACUUAUG